GUGAAAUGACAGAUCCAAAAUUUUGGCGUCGAUUUUGUAUUGUUUACUUUUUAAUAAAUACGAACUAUUUCUAUUAAUUAUAAGUUAAAUCACUGCUAGUAAAUAUGUUAAAUGCCUUUUGUAUACUAAAGUGAGUAAAUGACCAUAAAACAAUCAUGAAUUUAGAGUUACUCGAAUCUUUCGGCCAAAACUAUCCAGAGGAAUUUGAUGGUGCAUUAGACUCAAUAUCCUUGGCAGCAACAUGUGCGUUCAACAGACGAGGCACACUAUUAGCUGUGGGGUGUAAUGACGGCAGGAUAUUUAUAUGGGACUUCCUCACCCGAGGCAUAGCCAAGUCAAUAUCAGCACACGUCUACCCUGUAUGUAGCCUGAGUUGGUCUAGGAACUGUAAAAAGUUGUUAUCAGCGUCAACAGACCACAAUGUCUGUAUAUGGGAUGUCCUUACUGGGGAGUGUGAGCAACGGUACAGGUUCCCAACACCAAUACUAAGGGUACAGUUUGACCCAAGGAAUGACAAACGAUUCCUUGUAUGCCCCAUGAGACAUGCAGCUUUACUGGUUGACACAGAUGGUGACCAUAAGAUAUUACCUAUAGAUGAUGAUGGUGACAUAAACGUCAUAGCGUCGUUCGACCGGCGCGGCGACCACGUGUACACGGGCAACGCGAAGGGCAAAAUCCUCAUCCUCGAGCCGCAGUCGCUGCGCGUCAAGGCGAGCUUCAAAAUCACCGUCGGCACCUCCAGCACCACGGGGAUCAAGAGCAUAGAGUUCGCGAGACGCGGAGACUGCUUCCUUGUAAAUACUUCAGAUCGAGUAAUAAGAGUGUAUGACACAAACACGGUGGUGAAAUGUGGAAUCAACGGGGAGCCAGAGCCCAUACAAAAGCUGCAGGAUCUUGUCAACAAGACAACAUGGAAAAAGUGUUGUUUCUCCGGCGACGGCGAGUACAUAUGCGCGGGCUCGGCGCGACAGCACGCGCUCUACAUCUGGGAGAAGUCCAUCGGCAACCUGGUGAAGAUCCUGCACGGCACCAAGGGGGAACUGCUCCUGGACGUGGUGUGGCACCCCAUACGCCCCAUCAUAGCUAGCAUCAGUGCUGGCGUCGUAUCGAUCUGGGCCCAGAACCAAGUGGAGAACUGGUCCGCAUUCGCGCCGGACUUCAAGGAGUUGGACGAGAACGUGGAGUACGAGGAGCGAGAGAGUGAAUUCGACGUCGAAGACGAGGACCGCUCCGUAGACCAGGCUGGCGAGAGCCGCGAUGAUGAGGAAGUUGAGGUGGAUGUAACGACGUGCGAGCCGGUGGCCGCGUUCUGCAGUUCUGAUGAAGAAGGCGAAGACGAGAAUAUGCUCUCCUUCCUGCCCAUCGCGCCUGAGAUAGAGGACCCAGAGGACGGUUGGGCGGCCACGCAAGAGACGGUCACCCCCAGCGAGACGCCCGAGGUGCUGGAACCGGCGGCCAAGCGGACCAAGAGCAAAACAUACGACAUCUCACUCAAAAUCGCGCCUCCCGAACAAACGUUGCCAUUUGGAGGCAAGAACAAGCAGGCGGCGGGGAAUAAGAAAGUCGCCGGGAGACCUCGAAAAUAAAUUAUGUAAACAAUUUA